GAAACUUCCCUUCUUCACCUUCUCUCUCUCUCUCUCUCUCGGAACAAAGCCAUACCAAAAUUAUCAUCAACGCAUAGAGAAGGGAGUGUGGUGAAAAGCAUGAAGAUCGUUCGCAAAGACUAUGUCCCCAACGGCCCUGGUAGCGUUAAGAUGGUACCGGUGGAUUCGGAUGAUCUAUGGUAUGUUUAUAAUUUAAUAGCGCCUGGAGAUUCUGUUAUGGCCGUCACUGUGAGGAAAGUUCUUAGAGAAGCGGCUACUGGUGGAAGAGAUGCAGAACGUGUGAAACUGAAGUUGGAAAUUCAAGUUGAGGAGAUUGCAGAUUAUGACACCGUAGGGUCUGUUUUGCGUAUACGUGGAAAGAACAUUCUAGAGAAUGAGCACGUAAAGAUCGGGGCAUUCCAUACUUUAGAACUUGAGCUGCAUCGGCCUUUUGUGUUAAGAAAGGAUGUUUGGGACUCAUUGGCGUUAGAUGUACUUCAUCAGGCCUCUGAUCCUGCUGCAAGUGCUGACUUAGCUGUGAUUUUAAUGCAAGAAGGAUUAGCGCAUGUCUUCCUUAUUGGUAAAAGUGUGACAGUUACUCGUUCACGUAUAGAAACAUCAAUUCCUCGGAAGCAUGGACCUGCCAUUGCUGGUUAUGAGUCGGCUUUGAAAAAGUUCUUUGAGAAUGUAUUACAGGCUUUCUUGAAACAUGUUGAUUUCAGUGUUAUCCGCUGUGCUGUGAUUGCAAGUCCAGGUUUCACUAAGGAUCAGUUCCAUCGUCACUUAUUGUUGGAAGCAGAAAGAAGACAGCUCAGACCUAUUAUUGAGAAUAAGUCACGCAUAGUUCUUGUGCAUACAACAUCAGGAUACAAGCAUAGUUUGAGAGAGGUUUUGGAUGCCCCAAAUGUCAUGAAUAUGAUAAAAGAUACUAAAGCGGCACAAGAGGUUCGAGUUCUCAAGGAUUUCUUCAAUAUGCUUACAAAUGAUCCUGCACGUGCAUGCUAUGGACCAAAGCACGUCGAGGUUGCCCAUGAACGAUUGGCUAUCCAGACACUUCUCCUCACAGAUAGUCUCUUCAGGAAUUCUAAUACGGCGGAAAGGAAAAGAUAUGUGAAUCUGGUGAACUCAGUGAAGGAUUCAGGGGGCGAUGUCCAUAUAUUUUCUUCUUUGCACGUCUCAGGAGAACAACUGGCGAAUCUAACUGGCAUUGCAGCAAUCCUUCGCUUCCCACUGCCCGACCUUGAAGACCUGGAGAUGUGAUUGUAAAGUAAAAGCUCUUCUCUCUUGUCAAAUGUCACCAAUAUGUUGUAAUUGUAUAUUACAAUUUUCUUUAAUUUUAUCACGUAAUAAAACUAUACCAAAAGCUGCAAGAGAAAUGUUACAUGUACUUAAACUUUUACAAAGGGAGCCUUACUAAGUGACGAAGAGCUUAUUCAUUGGAGAUGAUCAAAAUAAUUAAUAAAAAAAUAUUACGAGUACCAAUAAAUAAGCUCUAUAUCAUCUGAGUAAGACUUCUUUUAUAAAAGUUUAAGCAUAUGUAGCAUUUCUCAAGCUGCAAUAGAUAGAUUGGUUACUGGUUAGUUAACAUAAUUAAUUAUAUAGGGAAUUGUAGUCCGGCCGGGGGCAGCGAUCACUUGAUUAUCCUUGUUGCAAUAUUUAAAAAGUUCUAUUGCAUUUAUAGUUCCACUGCC